CUCGAUUGAGAAUUCAGCCCGUGGGAACGGCGCAUGCGUACACCGACUCAAAAAGUUAAACCGAUGAUUCCGGAUCUUGCUCUCCAGACGCCAGAAGCGAGACAAGGAAAAGUGGCGUAGCGUGGACCAGGGAACCGAAUCGCGGCACACCGCACACGAUCGGUUUUGUUGGAGCUCAACCUUCCCCUCCUCCCCCUGUUACCCCUGCAGACUAAAGGAGGGACGGAACAAUGUUCGGCUUUCACAAACCGAAGAUGUAUCGCAGUUUGGAGGGUUGCUGUAUUUGCAGGGCCAAGUCUUCAAGCUCCCGUUUCACGGACAGCAAGCGAUACGAAAAGGACUUCCAGAACUGUUUUGGUCUGCAUGAAGCUCGCUCGGGAGAUAUCUGCAAUGCUUGUGUGCUUCUGGUGAAAAGGUGGAAAAAGCUGCCAGCAGGAUCAAAAAAGAAUUGGAAUCAUGUGGUGGAUGCAAGGGCUGGACCGAGCCUUAAAACAACACUGAAGCCAAAGAAGAUGAAACCUCUACCUAGCAACAGGAUGAAGAGCAAUCAAAUAAGCAAACUUCAGAAAGAGUUAAAGCGACACAACUCUGAUGCUCACAGCACUACCUCAAGUGCCUCUCCAGCCCACUCGCCUUGCUAUAGCAACCCGUCUGACGAUGGUUCAGACACUGAGAUGGCACCGGGUUCAAGCCGCACACCUGUCUUCUCCUUCUUGGAUCUUACGUACUGGAAAAGGCAAAAGGUUUGCUGUGGAAUUAUUUACAAAGGCCGCUUUGGAGAGGUCCUCAUAGACACCCAUCUCUUCAAGCCCUGCUGUCGUAAUAAGCAGCCUGCAGCCGAGAAGUCUCCAUUGCCAGUUCCUCCAUCAUCCACCAUCACCAAUCAAGAAGAGUGGUGACUUCCUUAAAGAGGUGCAGAGGGAGACAGAUUAAACCUCUUCUGCCAUUUGUUGAAGUGGCCUUCCUUUUACUUUGGAGACCUGCUAUGCUGCCAAAAGACUUUCGUUUUUUUUUUCCCCCUCGAACUGUCUGAAGAUUUUUUUUUUUUUUUUACUGCAUCAAUUCUACUAAUUCAGAGUCCCUUGAUAUCUUUUCAGAAAAAGAUUUAAGGAAUAUUGGCCACAUGGUGAAGCUGAACGCUGCUGUGUAUCAUCUUUGUUCAGCCUUGUUCCCACCCUAAUGACCGGAAGGCUGGUGACUAUAUGGAGCAGGGGUGAUUGCAGUGUAUGGGUUUUUAAAAAAAUGGAUGGUGGCCGAAGUAGUGCAAUCAAAGCUCUGUCUCUUUUUAUGUGUAACGUUGAUUUUAAAAAGGAGACGUCUUCAAUUGCAUUAUUAGGGUUGCCAUCUUGACUUUUCUAAUCAUACUCUGCAGACACCCCUGAUACGGAGUAUAUAUAUUUGUCAUAAGCAGUGUUCCUGCUUGGCAUAAUAAAUUUUAGGUAGCCAUUUUUUUCUCUCUAUUUGGAGAGGAAUGAUGAAUUUUAAGGUAGUCUUCCCCAGUGUAGUGUCCUUCAACUAUUCUGCUCUUCCAAUUCUCAGUAUUUGGAGCCUUUAUAUAGCUGGGAAUUCUGCUGGAGUUGAAAGGCUUGUAUUUUCCAGAAGGUGUGCCGUGUUAGUAAAGCAGAGCCAUGGCUUUGCAUGAAUUUGGAUACUGAAGCUUGUAUAAGACUUCUCUACCAUGCAUAUGAUGUAAAGUUUGCGGAGUUCUUAAUUCUUACUACUGAUGCUUCAGCAACGAGUAAAACAUGUUUCACUUGACCUAGUUAUUUCUGGAUAGGAAGAAUGUAUGUAUGAACAGACAGAGGAUGCAUUUGACAGGCAAAACUAGCAAGUGUGAAGGUGGAUCAGACCAAGGGUCUGGAUCAGACCACUAUCAAAUCAUAAUUUCCCCCACAAACAAGAUUGCAGGUAAUUUAUGCAGCGAAACAGUUUCUUCAUAAUAUUUUAGGAUAGGGAUGGGCAACAUAUGUGGUCCUUUAGCUGUUGGAUUGCAGGUCCCACCAUCCUUAAAUGUUGAGCAGAUUGGAUGCAUUUGACUGCAGUAAGAGUUCAACAACACCUGGAGAUCUAGAUAUUAUUCAUCCAACAGAAAAGUCACAUAGGGAUUGAACAGCAAUAUGAUGUAAACACAAGUGCUAUGAUGACAAAACCUUUAAUUACCAAAUAGGUUUCCCUUGGUAUGAUGCUACAGUACCUUAUAGAUACAAAACCUAUGUCCACUUUUUCAGAGUGGGAACAGUUAUCUAUUAUCCAUUCAUAAUAUUAGUUCUUCAAAUGGCCUGUAGGCUUAGAACCAUUCUACAUAUUUUAGUAAGUUCUUCCUUUUGUUUGAAAACUUCAAAGGAAAGCCAUGUUGACCAAAAUUCAGGUUUAGUCCUUUUCACUCCCUUCUCUCUCUCUCUCCAUGUUGUUGACUUAUUUCUUAUCCAAGUAAGGAACAUUCCAUACUAAUGUUUCCCACCACUCACCUUAAAGAGCUGAAGAUGCUUUCUAUGCCAUUUGAAAAAGGAAAAAUUAAUAUUUUUUGAAUUAUAUCCUCCGUAAAUAUGUGUAUAGCAACUCAUGGCAUUCUUCUUAUUUCCACACCGUAGUUCAGCCUGACUAUCGGGUGGAAUCAAUCAUUGAGCAGGCUUGAUAGAUAUGACAGGAGCCCAUUCCACCAGCCUUGGAGAGGUUGAAUUAUGUAAUAUAUUCUCUUAAAAUAUUUCACAGAUUCACUGAAUGCCUGCAGAGACCCACAUGUACAUUCAUGCCACCUAGCCAUAGUAAAUGUUACUCAUUGUUCCUGAAUCUGUGUCCCAGCUGCUACCCUUCCUGGAAUUCUCAUUUGCCCCUCCUUAUCCAGAAGUGCCUCCAGCUGUUGUAGCUCCUCCUUUGCCCAGACUCCCAAUAUAGAGCUACUUGGUUAACUUCCCUAAUAUUACCCCUAAUUUGAUAACAAUAUCUGAUGUCUCAAAAACUUGAAAAACAAAUUAUCUGGUUUCCUCCCCAAUACCUCCGUGUGAGUCCCUUUAGUGGCUCCAAGUUCCCACACAUCCCAAUAUUAGUCAAUAUUACUGUAGUUGAUUAUUGUACAGUUCAGUAAGGCUCUUGUCUUAUGUCAAAAUUGCUUCAGAAAUAGGGUAAACUGAAGCAUCAUGAUUCCUGGUUUUGUUUUGUUUUUUUAAUCGAUGUUCUUGAUUACCCAGAAACAGCUUUCUGUUAAAACGUGGCUAAAGGGUGAUUGCCUGCUUUUUGGGAUCAAAAUAACGGCUUCCCAGCAAGAGUUCUGCUGCUUUUGAUUUUUGUUUUAAAUUCAUUUGAAUAGUAUGAGAAUUUUGACUUGAUUCUGCAGUGCACUGUUAUGAAUGUGCCUGGGUUGUUGUUGUUUUUUUAAACUGAACAAUGAAAUUUUAGUUGCGCUAUGUCAGACAAAUAUGAAUAUGAAAUAAUGUCUUCCUACUUUUAUAGGGUACCCUUAAUUGCCUUUCUUCUAUCCCUAUCCCCUGUUGUAAAUAGGAGACUUAUUCUAAAGGGAGGAUAAAAUAGUUUUUUUCCUCAGACUGACCUAAUGCCUUGGCAGUUUUGCUGGCUUGGUAAACUCGGAAGGAUGCCUGUAGGCGUCUUGGUUAACUUCUUCCUAUUGGUUUCUCGGUUGAUGUUUAUUCUAAUCAAUAUUGGUCAACAUUUCUGUGCAUUUACAAUUACAGUAUGAAUUAUAUGUAACUAUAAUAUGGAUCAUCUCUUCUUCUGUAUUUAUUUAUUUAUUACUACUACAGCAGACUGUUCCUCCCUUUCCCUCUUCCUCGAGUAGUAAUGCAAGAUGAAUUGUAUGUAGUUAUGCACUUUGUAUCAAUGUAGUAGAAAUCUAUGGAAUCUGUUUUUAUACUUUUUAUAUUGUUCAUACACUUGUAAUCCAAGCUUCUUCUUUUUUUAAAACUAGGGUAACAAGCAAAUAAAUAAAUGAAUAAAUAGAUUUA